AUGGGUCGCCAAAACGCAGUCGUAGUCUUUGGCCUCGUGUUCUUGGCCGUCCUAGGCCUCGCCGCAGCUGCCUCCUCUCCCUCUCCAUCAGCGUCUCCCUCCAAAGCUCCCGCUGCCUCCAAAACUGAGGUCGUCCAAGCUCCAGUCACCGAUGACCAAAUUGGAACCACCGACGACGAUGCAGCUGCUUCUCCUGGUGAUGGUGACGUGGCAGUGGCUGGUCCUCUAGGAAGUGACUCCUCUUACGGUAGCAGUGGACCUUCAGGCUCUGCCGAUUCUGCUGACAGCGGUGCGGCUGCGCUUGGUGUUUCCGCUGUUGUCGUUGGUGUUACAUCCAUGGCCGGUUCUUUCUUGUUUUUCUGA